GGUUCCGUUCGAAAAAAAAUAAGGAAGGCGUUCAUGGAGUUGUCGAGUGAGAUUGGGGAAUCGGAGGAAUUUGAAUUUCCGGAUCGGUUGAAUAAGAGGAAGCCUAUCUUCAUUAAGCGCAAUAUAUACGUUUCGAAGAAAUUCAAAAAGAGGGUUAAAGAUCAUGGCAUUUUCUGCUCUUGCUCCUCAAAUGUUUGUGGCAGCGAUUGCAAUUGCGGGGUUCUACUCUCAAGCUGUUCAUCUAGCUGCAAUUGCAACUGUGAGUGCACCAACAAGCCGUUCCAACAACGACGUAUCAAGAAAAUGAAGUUGGUUCAGACAGAGAAAUGCGGAUAUGGGAUUGUAGCAGAUGAAGAUAUAAAUUCAGGAGAGUUUAUCAUUGAAUAUGUUGGGGAAGUUAUCGACGAAAAGAUUUGUGAAGAAAGGCUUUGGAAGUUGAAGCAUCAGGUGGAGACAAAUUUCUAUUUGUGUCAGAUAAACUGGAACAUGGUGAUUGAUGCUACUUACAAGGGGAACAAAUCGAGAUAUUUCAAUCACAGCUGCAACCCCAAUACAGAGAUGCAGAAAUGGAUAAUUGAUGGAGAGACAAGAAUCGGCAUUUUUUCUACCCGUUGCAUUAACAAAGGAGAGCCAUUGACCUACGAUUACCAGUUUGUUCAGUUUGGUGAGGAUCAAGAUUGCUACUGUGGCGCAGUAGAUUGCAGGAAAAAGCUUGGUGCGAAACCUGACAAAACUAAGAACACACUCCCUGAUGAAGAUGUGAACCCAACGUCAAGUAAAGUAGUGACCAGGAAACAGCGCAAGGUUAAGAAAACUCGAGGUAGACGCGCCGCUGGACAAUCUUGGAGCAAUCUUGGCCAUAGGACAGUGUUCCGGAACUGCAUUGGUCUGGUUAUCAUGUUGGCACGUCCCUCGGACCAGAUGCGUUUUGGCAUGAUUAGACAAUUUGAUGAGUUUUCAAGAAAACACUUGGUCACGUACGAGGAUGGUGUUACCGAGUUUAUCGACAUCUCUGGUGAAGUUUGGAAGCUCGUUGAUGUUUGA